CGAAAGGAGCAACACAGAAGUGGUGCAGCGACUCAGAACUGCUGGGUGUGGUUCCUGUGUGGUGCUUGGACCAUCUUGCUUUUUGAAGAAAGUCUCCCCUUGCAUGUCUCAUAUUCUAACCAACAGGGAUCUUGAGAUCAACAACGUGAGGCUUGUCACCAAGAUUGUAGCGAGAUGUCUCUGCCCUCCGUGUACCAGCACAAGUUUGCGGAGAAGCUGACGAUCCUUAAUGAGCGAGGCAAAGGGGUUCUCAUUCGCAUGUACAAUAUCAAGAAGACAUGCAUGGAUCCCCGGAGCAAGCCAGCCUUCUUCACUGAGAAAACCAUGGAGUCCUCCAUCAAAUAUAUUAAUAAGAAGUUCCCCAACCUGGAUACACGGAGCAUGACGCAACAUUUGGGCCCAGUGCACAAAGACAAAGCAGAUAUUUUCCGGGCUCUCGGUGCCUACUAUCACACCUUUGUGGAUGUAAUGGAAUUUCGGGACCAUGUCUAUGAGCUGCUGAACACCAUUGAUGCCAGCCAGUGCUACUUUGACAUUCAUGUGAAUUACGAUUUCACCAAGAAUUACCUUGACCUAAUUGUCACCUAUGCAUCUGUCAUCUUACUCCUUUCCCGCAUUGAUGACCGCAAGGCCCUGAUUGGCUUGUACCACUGCACCUAUGAGAUGAUCCAUGGAACCAGUGAUGCCAGCUAUCCUCGUUUGGGUCAGAUGAUCCUUGAAUAUGAGAACCCCUUGCGCAAGUUGAUGGAGGAGUUUGGACCCCAUACCAAGGCUGUGAGCAACGCCCUUCUCUCAGUGCACUUCCUCUUUGCCCGGAGAAACCACUCCGCUGAGCAGUGGCGAAGUGACCAGCUCUUCAGUCUGAUUAGCAACCCUGCAGGCAUGUUGGCUCCUGUCAGUUCGGACACGAUGGCUUGUGAAUACCUAUCUCUGGAAGUUUUGGAACGAUGGAUUGUGAUUGGAUUCUUACUAUGCCACAGCUGCUUGGGCUCAACACAGAGCUGCCUGGAUCUGUGGCGAGCAGCUCUCCGGAGCUCACUGUACAUCACUCUAGUACGGGAUGAAGUGCUUCCUGUUCACAAGGUCAUAGAGGAGGCCUUCAGUGGAAUCAAAGGUUAUGGCAAACGUACAGCUGAUAUCAAAGAAUGUAAAGAGUAUGCUGUGACACACAGUGGGCUGUUGCAUCGAGGACGGCGUCAUUUCCUGAGGAAUGCUGUGAAGGAGAUGGAAGCCAUCCUGGCCAAUGAACCUGGGCUCUUGGGGCCAAAGGCUGUUUAUGUCUUCAUGGCCCUGUCGUUCUGCCGUGAUGAAGUCACCUGGCUAUGCCGACACAGUGAACAUGUCAGCAAGGGCAAGAACCCAGAGGAAUUCACUGACAGCUACCUGGCUGAGAUUCUGUUUCUGAUGGAGAAGCUCCGCAAUCUGGUCCGGAAGCACCAAAAUGUUCUCCAACGCUACCACGUACAAUACUUGACACACUUUGACGUCCAGGUGCUCAGUGACAUCAUCCAGGACCUGACUGUCUGCCCUGAGGAGGAGUCUGUGAUUAUGUCAUCCUUUGUGAGCUCAGUCUCAUCCCUAACCAUCAAGCAAGUUGAUGAGAAGGAGAAAUUUGAUUUCACUGGGCUGCGGCUGGAUUGGUUCAGGUUGCAGGCAUACACCAGCGUCACAAAGGCCCCACUGCAGUUGAGGGAAAAUCACGACAUUGCUAAGGUGAUGAACCUCAUUAUCUUUCACACAAAGAUGCUGGACUCUGUGGAGGAGCUAAUGGUGGAGACCUCAGACCUUUCCAUAUUCUGCUUUUAUGUGCGCUUCUUGGAGAAACUCUUUGCAUCCACCAUGGAGGAACCAUCCAUGCUGCGCUAUGCCAUUGCUUACCCAUAUUUGUGUACUGACUUCUGCCAUGCUACCCAUCCUUUGUGCCCUGAGGAGGUUCCUCAUCUGCGGACCUGUGCCUUGAGCCUGUGCAACAGCUUUCUGGAAGAGAUGGCUAAACAAACCUGUAUUUGCAUCCUGGAUAUUUGUGCUGAGCAGUAUAACCUAACUGAGAAGCUAUUGCCCAAGUACUGUGCUGCCACCAUCAGCAAGGCACGGAACAAGAGAGCCCAGAAAGUAGCCAAGAAAGGAGAACCAGAGAGGGAUAAACCUGGUGCAGAGAGCCACCGAAAAGAUCGUAGCCUGGCCACCAAUUUGGACAAGCUACAUAUCACAUUGACUGAGCUUUGCUGGAGCCUCAAUCAAGUCACCAGCUUUGUGGUCUUUGAGCAUACAGUGACCCCAGCAGAGUAUCUUAGCAGCCAGCUGGAGACUCGCCUCAGCAGGUCCUUGGUGCUGCUGGCAAAGCCAAACCCAACUUCCCCAGAGUUAUCACGCCCCUCGGAAGUAUUGGCUGGUGUGCAGGCCUAUGCUACUUUCCUGGUGUCAUUGAUGCAUCGUGUGGCGCUAGAUACUGGGCGCCUCCUCCGUAGUGUGCUUCUGCAGCAGACUCAGCCAUUGGAUGCAAAUGGCGAGCAGACCCUCACCACUCUCUACACUAAUUGGUACUUGGAGUCACUUUUGCGCCAAGCAAGCAUGGGGUGUAUCGUCUUUUCACCAGCAAUGAAAUCCUUUGUCAGCAUACCAAAGGAAGGGGAGCAAAUCUUCAGUGCUGAAGAAUAUUCUGAUGUCUCAGAGAUGCGAGCAUUAUCAGAACUCCUUGGACCCUAUGGAAUGAAGUUCUUAAGUGAUAACCUCAUGUGGCACGUGACCUCACAGAUGGUGGAGCUAAAGAAACUGGUCACUGAGAAUAUGGAUGCGCUUGUUCAAAUCCGGUCAAAUUUCUAUCAGCCAGAGCAGAUGGCAGUACUAUUGCCACGCCUAACAUCUGUAGAAAAUGUAUUGAAGAGGAUGACCAUCAUUGGGGAGAUUUUGUGCUUCCGGUCCAUGGCUCAGGAGGGUCUCCGAGAGGUCUUCACCAAUCAUUGCCCUUUCCUAAUGGAACCCGUCGAGUGCCUAAAGGAAUUUGUCAACCCAGACAUGGACAUAAAGGUGACCCUGACCAUUUUCGAACUAGCCACAGCUGCGGGGGUGCCUUGUGACAUUGAUCCGGCCCUUGUGUGUGCCCUUUCCAAUCUGAAGAAAGAUAGCUCUUCACCAGAGGAGGACUACAAGAUUGCCUGUCUUCUGCUGGUCUUUGUAGCUGUGUCUCUGCCUCUCCUGGCCAAUGACGCCUCCUCAGUUUAUACCACUGACAUCAAUGGCUAUAGCAACAACAUCCACUGCCUUGCCAAAGCCAUCAUACAGGUGUCAGCUGCUCUCUUCACUGUUUACAACAAGAACAUUGAAACUCACCUUAAAGAAUUCCUGAUGCUGGCCUCCGUUAGCCUCUUGCAGCUGGGGCAAGAAGCAGAUCGAAUGAAAGCAAAGAACUGGGAAUCGAUUUCACUGCUCAUGCAUUUGCUUGUAGAGGAGUCAUCCUUCUUGACAACAGACAUGCUGGAGACCUGCUUCCCUUACGUACUGCUGCGUAAUGCGUACCGCGAGGUGUCCAGGAGCUCCGCCUUGAACCGGCUUCCUGCACAUUGACCUGCUUUCGCUUCACCCAUAAUUCAAAGGGACAUGAGUCACAGUUGCUUGUCAAGACAAUAAAUCCGAGGUAGACAGGCAGAGCAGUGCGGAAUCUAGAGCAGGAGUCUCUUUUAUGGGUCUUAGUUUGCUGCCUAAUAGCAAUAAUGUCCAUUUGAAUGUUCGGCAAGUAAAAUGGACAGCGUUGCUUUGACAAGUGAAAAUGCUUCCUGUAAAGCAAAGCAGUGAGGAGUGACAUCCUAAUUUCUGUAAUAGUUCCAUGAUGGUUGUCAGUCCUUCUUAGGAUGCCUGUUAGCAGAACAGGAGCCAGAGAAGCUACUAAAUGCAGCUUUAAAAAAUUAGCCAUGAUGAUUGUUAUUUUGCCAGCAAAACAUCCAGCCUUGAGUUUCUCAGUGUUAACAUCACUGAUCUAAAGCUUGCGUUGUUGCCCUCUACAGAAACCAAUCCUAAACUUCACCCUAAACAUCAGCAUGGGACAUCGUGUACAUUCUUCCUACCUUUCUCUUGCUUCUUCCACCCCCAUCAUUAUCUGGAUUGUAAGCUCCUUCUUUUUGCGACAUAUUAUCAUAUUCUUAACAUUCUGCAAUCAAAGUACAUGAACUUGAAUAAUGAUUAUUUAGUUAUCAGAUGUAAUAACAAUUACUGCUUGCAAUGAAUUGUGCUCAGAUAUAUUAAUCUAAUCAUGUACCCAAAAUGUAAGCUGUUUUUACUGUCACAUGCUUUGACUUUGAAAAAAUCCUAAGAACAGUCAUUUUUGAAAAAGUGAUGAGAUUUUUAUUCAGACGAUUUCUCCAUUUUCUGCACAGUUGUUUUCCACAGGGCUGCAUUCAAAUGGCUCCAUGGUCAGAUGAGGGCAGGCAAACAAACAACCAACAGGUAUAUAUGAUUGAUAGAUGACUAUCAUGUGGAUUGACCUCUACCUGAGCAUAUAACUUUAUCAUAUGUGACUCAUACUUGCUGCAGACUAGCUUAUAUUCUUCAUAUUUUCGAAAAAGUGUUUCAUGUCUUUGCAAGAGUUGGCUCAGUGUAUUAAAAUGUUUCAUCUGUUUUGUAUUUAACUACACUUGACCUGCAAAUAAAAAUAACGAAUCCCUGCCA